GCCGAGCGCGCGACGCGCUACGUCAUGCUAUCACCGUUACACGAUAGCGAUAUACGAAAUAUGUGAACUAAGAACAUUUACGUUAGAUUAUGUAUUAAAUAUAUUAUAUUCAUGUUUAUGAUCAUACAGUUUAGUUUAUUACAUGUAUGAGUUUCUUUUACAUAAACCUUGAAAUUGUACCUGAUAUUCAGUAAUUUUUUUAAGAUAAUAUAUUUAUUCAAUGCUAAAGAUUUAAUUUCUUAUAUAUUUGCAAGGUUUUUAGUGUAGUUUUAUUUGCGGCUGAGUUUCGGAGGAGGAACACUUGUUGUUGUGUUGUGGUGCUGUGUUGUUAUUGUGUUGUUUGUUGGUCUUAUGGGGCAAUGUGUUUCCCGGGACCAUCCCGGCUCGUACGCGUUCGCCCGCCACUACGACGCGGAGAGCCUCGCCAGUAACUUCAGUGGGAUUUCGCGAAGGGGUCACUCUGAGUCGAAGGGGGCGAAGAAGCGUGACAAGAGUGUUGGGAACGGCAACAAGCCGAGCCGUGGCGUCGCCACAUCCUUCGGGUUCCGGCGCCGGCCGGCCAGCACCUCGCGAGCCGACGACAACGCGCGACGCAAGCAGAAGCCGCAUGAUAAGAAUGGGAAUGGAGGCUCCACAGAGGACUUACGACCUGAAGAGGUGCUGUCGGGGCGCUCGACGCCUCUCGCGCGACCUCGCAAAGAAACCGUCGGUCAACCGCUCAGAAGCAACAGGUUCGGUUUCAGGCAACCGCACAGUAAGACAGCGAAGGUGGCCGACGUAACGCUGGCCGCGGAACCCGCUUUCAACGCACCCAAUAAGGAUAAGGAAACUACAAAUAAUAAUAAUUUAGAUAAGAAGAGUACAAAUCAGUACAACCUCCCCCUCCUCUCUACGCAAGUUUCAUCCACUGGUGUCACCAACAUCGUCAAUGCCGCCGGAGUACCGAAGCCCGUCACCAAGCAGACCGUCAUACUGACAUACCAGAGCCAACAGCAUCCAGUACAAGACUCACGAAGGAGCCUCAGAGGCAGCGACCACGCUCGCGGCGCGUCUGUCCCCCGCACUGUGGUGGAGUCCCACAAGCCCCCCGGGAAGUACACCUUCCAGACCAACCAGCUGCCCCGACCCCAGUACCCGGCUAUCAAGAACUUGGACACCACCAAGUCAGCUAAACAAGUGGUUAACAACACUCGAAAAGCCAGCGCCGCUGAAGCAUGGAGAGAAGGGGCCGGGUCGACGGUAUCCAACGACUCGGGCGUGUGGACCGGGGGGGAGGGGGGCGACGUGUCCCCCCGCUCGCGCCACCGCCCCCGCAACCUCGAGAUGGUGAUGAGGGGCUCCCACAGCUUCCACCUCCGAGAACUGCAUGUCGCUGAUCUGGAUCUCAUGGACGAUGCCGUAGUAACCGGUCACGCAGUAAUACCUCUACCAAAACUUCCCAGUUCCUUCAACGGGGACUCGUCUCCGGAGUGCGAUCUGCCCGCACCCACCUACGUUCCACCUUCCCCCAUAACUCCUAAGCCAGUAGUGGACAUGCCCAAGCAGAGCUCACCAAUGUCCACCCUGGACCGGUACAGAACGCGAACUAGACCCACCAGAAUACAGACCACCAGCGACUACAAGGAUGAAGAGAAAUUCGUCUUGGAUAGAGCACAACCUGAAAUAUUAAACAAACAGAAAUCAUUCAUCAAGUCAUCCAGUGGUGUAACGUCUCCAACUACGGUCUGUUCGAGCAAGGAGUCUAGUCCAUCGUACAAGAGUGAUGAAAGCCACUUCUGUAACACCAGCCCAUGGCAAAGUCAAGCUGCUGGAGAGGCAAUGGCAAAUAGGUCACAAGAUGACGUGUCUUUGGCAUUAAGUGUUUCAAGUUGUGAAGACGACAAAUCAAAGGUAGAAACGAAGGAUGUAAAGGUGGGAUCGGAGGUUCCAAUGAAAACUAUAGUCAUAGUGGACGAGCCCCCAGUGCCACAUCCGUUGUUGAUGAAGUCUCUGACGCUAAGCCAACAUGAUGCUCUUCGUAGCACGAUGAUGGGUUCAAUGACAAGUUCAAAUUACAGUACAACAAGCACAUGCACAAACCAAAGUAACGAUCCAAAUAAUUUGACUCUCACCCUGGAGGAAUCUAAAUUCGAUAUAUCAGCUCUAGAAACUUCUACGCAAAGCUUACUGGACGACGAGACGUCGCCAGCUGACAGUCUUAUAUCGUCGACGAGCACAAGCGACUCAAACAAUGAUUUGCACAUUGAAAGAGAUCCUCCGUCCAUUUCUAGUGCGUACCAAACUGCUAACACCAAGACUAGGACACCAGAACCGAUUGUGGAGGAAAUAGAUGGAGUUAUGGAUGAUCAUUUUGCACAAGUCAAGGACGGAAGUGACGAAAGUGGAACUAUCGGCGAGGGAGCGUGCGAAGGCAGCAAGAACAACACACCGCCCUCCCCCGGCACACCCACACAUGCGUCCGGAUCAUUAUCACUGUCUGACGGGAGAGACUUCUUCGACGAUGAAAUAGCUGAUCAACCAGCACUUUUGUUUAGAAAGAACAACCACGGCAGUCCGUCCGUGAAAAGGGCAGAUUCUGACGCAAGCAAAAUGAGGAAAUCCAAAGAUUUCUUGUCCAGUCCAAUAGCCCAAAGAAGUCGAAAGUGCGGACGGAACCCGACGGAGCGGACAGCCUCACUGGACACGCUGUCGAGCCUGGCGUCUGAUGAUCUCAUGAUGGACAACGACCUAGCACAGUCCAUCACCAGCUUACAGAGCGUCGACGAUUAUAUUGAAAGACUCGACAGCUCAUUGCGGAGUGGGCUGAACUCUUUGGACGAGCGACAGCUUCGCCAGGAGCUGUCGUCGUCGAAGGCAGCGGUGCGGCAGUGGAGCCAACUGCUGGAGAAGAACAACAUGCUGGACCGACAGUUGGCGGCCAUGGCACAGGGGAAGCCGUCGGAGUCGCUCAGUGGCAGCAACACCAGCCUCAGCAACAUCGGGGCCAGUCUACCGGUCCGCACGGCGCGGCUGCUGCAGCGCUCGCGGACGCAGACCCCGUCGGAGGCCGGAGUCAGCGAUGGCAGCAUCUCCCCCGCGCCCGCGCCCUCCUCGCUGCUGCAAGACGUCGUCGACAUCAAGACCCUGCUUUUACAACUCAAGCGGGUCCUACAAGAGCCGGGGGAGGAGCAUCAUUCGAUGAGUAGCGAAACUCUCGACCCGUUGCUAGCGGCGUGCGCGGAGAGCCCCGCGCGCGGCAACGGGCGCCGCCCCCCCGCCUCGCCGCUGCACCCCGAUGCCUGCGCAGAAAUGCGCCGGCAGAUACUCUACCUACAGGGUCAGUUGGAAGAACGCGACCGUCUGGUACGAGUGUUGCAGCAACAGAUGUCGCGCAUGGCCGAGAACCACGAGCCGCGCGCAGACGACACCUGCAACGUCGCCACGCAGACUGAUCGGUUGCGACCACCAAUGGGUACUACACUAGCUAGUUCUGAAAAUUCCGGAUUAGUUAGUUGGAAUGAACAAACCGAUGGAAGGAAGCUGCCGUCAUAUAACGAAGCACAAAAGACGAAGAGGCCUGUUACCAACGGGACCGUGAAAUGUCAGUGCGGUGCGAGGAAAGUGAGUGGACAAAGUGACGAAAACGGACAGACGGACAAACGGACGGACGUGGUGCAUCUCAAGUCGAACAGCCGAGUCGGCUCCAAGUAUCUCCAAGCUCUAGCCGGUACUAACGAAAACAGAAGAUACGUCAAAAGGGACUCGUCCGUGGGCGACAAGCCGGAGCGGAGGAGCCUCCACUCGAGCCGGUCUAGGUCGAUAGAGAACUUCUACCAGCAACACUACCUGACCACGGAGCCGCUGCUGGCCAAGACCGCGGUCAUAGAGGAGAGCACCGUGAAACAUCACACGUCCUACGGCGACCUGUACAACGGACGGAUCAGCAGCAAGGAAAGCGUGAACGGUAACAGACAUAGUCCGAGCCUGAACGGGCAGUCGACGGACACGGACUACAGCUCGGACGGCGGGUACAAAUCUCUUCCUUCGUCCAUCAACUACAACGGGUAUUCGCCCAAGAAGGUCAGCGGAAUACCGAGAAGAUCUCUAGAGCAUAAAUUCACAUCUCCAAAGCAUGUCAAAGCGAGCGCAAUUUAGUUCGUAUUUCGUUCGGUAUAAAGCAAACGUUUAAGCCUACGUGUAACGAUACAAAAUUAUUGUGAGUAUAUCUGGUACGUCUAUCUAUUAAUGAGUACCGAUGAAUGAUUGUGAUGUUUGUUUUAGCCGUCUUCGACUCUUUAGGACAUCUAAUGAUAAAUUGACUUGCGACUCGGUUUUUAAGCCGAUAAAACGCAUACAGAACGAAAUGUACUCCAACUGCAGCCCAAGCUGCAAACAUUUUCCUUGCCAUGUUAUAGACAGAAUAUCUCUGUCUGACAAUUAGAUCUCUGACAAGGUCCCUAGAGUCGCGGACUCGUGCCAUCGGCAUGUAUCAACAAGACGCCGCUGGGGCUUCGCAUUUACGCUCGCCUCGCCUAAUCUAAGCUCUUUACUUUGGAUGCCAAAUCGCUAUUAGGUGUUCUUUGAUUUAUAAUUUGUUGUCUUCGAUAUUAAUAUGUCUUUGCAUCGGUGUAUACAGCGCGGCUAUCCUGCUGAUAGUAUUCGGCAGUAAUCGUUUCUAUCGGUAGGUACCGGUAAGGUUUUAAAUCACAGGGUUAUAUUUUCUCAUGUCAUUUCCAUAGAGAGACGAAUUGUAGAGCACCGUUAAGUGGAUAGUCGUGAUGUAAUUAGGUAGUGUAAUAAUAACUAGGCAAAAGAACGAACGUAUCGCUCGUCGCUACUGAAUUUUUAGAAAUUGUCUAGUUAUUAUUGUACU